UCAUCAAUCUUGACUUUGCAGUUGGUCCUUCUAGCAGAAACCGCUCAGUCAUGCCUCCAUGGCAAAACUCAUGCCAAUGAAUGUAAACCUGCAUCACAACAUGACAAAGAACAGCCACACCUACAGUAUACCCAUACUGCUGUACUUCUUUCAACACCACAUAGUCUUGUUUUUCAGUGUGUUUUCUUGCUAGAGGGCCGUGUCAGUAGCACAGAAUAUAUAUUUGCUGAACAUUGCCUUUAUGUGUAAAGUCUCAUGGCAUCAUUUGAUUUCGUCAGAGACAAAUUAACUGAGUGGAACCUCAGUGACUUGAUUCAGAGGUUUGAAGAUGAAGAAAUUGAUGAAGAAAGUUUCCUCUUCCUUAAGGAGAAAGACUUCAUCAACUUGAUUCCAAAAAUAGGACCAAGGUCUAGAUUUAGAAAACAACACAAAGCAUUUCUCAAGAAACAGAAGCAGCCCGAUAACGAUAAGAACAUUCAAGCGGCCACGUGGUCAUCAGUAUCCAUUAAGGCCUCCAAGAGUUCCUCAGAAAAUGUUACUGGUGAGAUGGUCAACCAAGAGUCUUGUCAAAAGGCCAUCAUAAAACCCAGAAAUCAACCUCCUAAACAAGCAGAGACUAAAAGGUCAUUGGUUAAACUCUUAGGUACAGGAAGUGUGCCCACAACGAACACCUCUGGAAUGGGGAAAACAGUGUUUGACCAGAGUGAACCCUCGACCAGUAAAAUACCCCCUCUUCAAGUGAAUAUCCCAAGCAAAAGGAAAUCUGAUGAGGCCCAUGCAAACAAACAAACAAAGAAACGACAACGUGUUGCUGCGUCCAGAAUAACUGAGACAUUUGAAACUGAAACCAAGACAGAGGUGAAGAAGAUCAUGCAACGUAUCAAAAGCAAACUUGAUGAUCUGCCUUCUACGAAACUCAUUGACUUCCUCAGAGGUAAAAUCCAAACUUUGGAGAAAGACAAAAAAGAGAUAGUGGCUGUUUUUGGGAAGACUAGAGCUGGUAAGAGCUUCUUGAUUAACACCAUCUUGGGUGAGACGACAUUGCUGCCCUCUGGAAACCAAGGGGCAUGCACCUCGGUCAUGAUUCAGGUGGAGGCCAAUAUGACAGACUCGGACUCUAAAUACAUCGCAGAGAUUGAGUUCAUGACAGAGGAGGGAUGGAAAGAGGAUGGAAAUGAUGAAGACAAGGAAAGGGAUGACGACGAUGACGAUGAUGAUGAAAAGAUAUCAGCUUUGUAUGGAAAAGAUGGACGUGGGGCAACCUUAGAAGAACUAAUGGACAGAAAGCACUUCAGAGAAAUUCCAGAGUUUCGUUUAUCAGUCAAGAAAAUAUUUGUAUGUGACACAGCAAAACAACUCUCUAAAAAGAUCACUUGUUACACACGGAGUGAUACAUUUAAAAGACGGUAUUGGCCGCUUGUGAAGUGUAUAACCAUCAAGGUGCCAAACUCCAAAGACCUGCUGGAGCAUGUUGUGCUGGUUGAUCUUCCAGGCAAUGGAGACUGCAACAAGAGCAGAGAUGAGAUGUGGAAAUUGUUUGUUGGAAACUGCUCUGCUGUGUGGAUUGUGAGCGACAUUGCAAGAGCAACUUCAGAAAAGGAAUCUUGGGAGAUUUUAAACAGCACCGUUAGCCUCUUUGGACCUGGUGGAGAAUGUCGAAGCAUCAGUUUCAUCUGCACCAAGACAGACGACAUUGAGGAGAAUCAAAAGGCUGAUGCACGUACUUGUAUUUUGCGCAGAAAUGAAACAACCAAGAGGCAAGUGAGGGAUAAAUUCAACAAACAAAAAAAAGUUAAGAAACACUUCAGUGGGGGAAAGGAUUUCCUUCAGGUGUUUACUGUGAGUUCCAAGGAAUACCAAAAGGAAAAGCAUUUGCAACAAGAAGAGACAGAAAUACCCAAACUUCAGGAAUUUCUCAGAAAUCUCAAUGAUCGUCGCACAAAGACUUCAGUUUAUGUUUCUGGAGCCUAUGGGAUCCUCUCUUUGAUACACGGAGCCAAAAGCAGCGACAUGACAGACAGCAAAGAAGAGGUGUGCCAGGUUCUGGAACAGAGGCUCAAGGACGAGAUCAAGUCCAUUGGUCAAACUAUGGAUGAGGCUUAUGAGACUUUUGAACGAUGCCUCUCAGAAGGAGUUCGACAAUCAGAAGAAUCAUGCGAGAAAUUAAUGAAUAAAGUGAUAGCACCAAGAGGGAAAAAAGCUAGUGGAUAUCAAGUAGUGAAGUCUUUAUGCAAGAAUGGCGGCGUUCACAAACCAAAAGGGAAAAAGGAAAUGAGAAGGGAACUAAACCUUAAUGAGAGUUUAGCCUCACGUAUGAGAAGUCUCAUUGAUGAACAGUUCAAGAUACAUUUCCCAAACGAGGGCAAACAUGGCCCAAUCAGGGAGCAGAUUGAUACAUUCACCCUUGACACAAACAGCUUGUUUCGGAAGCACCCAGAAAUGUCACUACAUCUGAUAUUCCUCAAGACCGAGGAAACUGAAUUCAAGGCAAAACUAAUCUGUGACCUCCGCGAGAAGAAGAAAAAAAUCUACUCCACUUUAACCGAGUCAAUCAAGGACUCCAUGCAUCGAUGCUAUAUAAGGGCAUCAGAGCAUACAGGAAAAGAUUCUCUGAAAAGGAUGAAAGAUGAUUUACAUCAGCACAUGAAGAAUAACAACAUUUUCCAGAAGGCCAAGGAAGAUAUGCUGGGUGGUUUAAUAAACCUGAAGGAUCACAUCAUGAUGCAACUGAAGUGUAAACUACAAGAAUCAAUGGAUCUCUCACUCAAGACCCCCAACAGCUCGUUCCUCCCAGAUGAUGUCACUGUGGAGUAUAACAAGAUGAAGAUGUACUAUGAGAAACUGAUGGGUUGCUCUAGUACAGUACAAAUCACUCCAAGACUGGAUUUACACACAAAAAGUAUCACAUUUGAAUCACAGUCUGGGAAUGGUAGGAAGCGUGUGCAGGUGUCAACAAGUGUAACAAUGUUAAAUCCUGAGAUUGUCAAAGAUCUUACAACACAUGACCGCAAGCCUACGUAUAGGCUUCAAUGCCCAAAGGCAGGUCUUUUCCAGUGCCGUUCCACUGGUCUGGUGUUUCUGAUGGAAGGGAAGGGAGAUGUGGUUUACAAGGUGACUCAAUGGGACAGGAGCCUCCUGGGCUCCAUGACACCAGCAGGACCCCUAUUCAGCAUUGACUGUCCUGAGCAGUCUGUCUGCAAACUGCAUCUCCCGCACUGUAUGUGUGAUGAGAAGGAUGACAAUGUGUCCGUGGCCCAUGUUACUGAUGGCAACAUGGAGAUUGUUCAGCCACUCAAGACGACUGCUACACACGUGAUUGUAAACAUCACACACCUCUCCCUCUUUGGCCUCAUCAGGGAUGUGUUCUCCUUCCUCCCGGUCCGAAGCCAGGUGCUGCUGUUCCUGCGACCACAAGGGAACAGACCACAGAAGCGCAUACUGAAUGUUAUUUUGUUGCCCAAGAAUGUGCCACUUUGUGAGGUGGAAUACCAACAGAGGGGGAGUACUUUCAUUCAAACCAGCUCCAACUGCACAUUGACUCCUAGAGGAAAAUAUGGCCUCUGCUGUGAGCUGGUGGCAAAUUUUAGCAUACAGCCAAAAAGUGGGCAGUUAGACUAUGACUACAGCCCAAACUUCCACCCCACAUUUCAGGUGUUUUUAGACUGCAUGUCGGGUGCGGAGAACAUCAGACUGAGUCUUUUAGACAGAGGAAGUAACGACCAAAGAGUGUGGGAGUCUCUAAUUCCAACAGAUUUUGAACCACCUCAAGUCAGUCCGAUCAACCCUCAUCCUGGUGCUGAGGCUGUACUGAAGCAGCUCUCGGGGCAAGCGUUUGUGGAUAAGCAUAUGGCUGAUCUCAUUCAGAGGGUCAAGAUGGUGCAGCAUGUAGCAGAUGACCUGCUUGUGGAGGAGAUGAUACCAGAUAAACUUUACUCAAGACUCCUUAUGGCUGGGACCAGUCAGGAACAAAUGAGACUAAUGUCUGAUGCUUUACAAGCAGGAGGAACAAGAGUGAAAUCUGCCUUCUACAAAGCUCUCCUUAACCAUGAACCUCGUCUUGUCCAGGACCUGGCAGCAGCUUCCCACUGAUGAAUGUCAUGACCUGGGUUGGUCCUCGACCGCUGGACAAAGGGCAGCAAGCGGUCCCUCUUCCAGAGCAGGAUGUCAGAAUACUACAGUCACUAGGCUCCUAAUCUGCAUCGGAGUGUUGGGAGAUAAGACUGACAGCAAGUCUAUGAUGAUUUAAAGUUAAAGAUGUUAUGGUCUUGUGUUUGUGCUAACAUUCCACUACUUGACACUUCUUGUCAUGCCAAACAGUCUGGCAUGACAAAAUCAAUCAAAAUCAAAAAUAAAUGUAUUCAUCACGCGCACAGAAUACACUGUGUGUAAAUUAAUGAGUGUGGGUGUGUGUGCGUCUGUGUGGGUGGGAAUGUGUGGAGUGCUGUGUGUAGACAGCCAGUGAUUGCAGGUAGACAGUCAUUGAUAAGCUGUUCAGCAGUUUUAAUGCUUCAGAGCUCAACCCCAGUGAUGAACGGUGCAGACUUCACCACCACCCAGUCUUGUGGUGGAGGGCGGUGCAGCUGCCGUACCAGGCGGUGAUACAGCCAGUCAGUAUGCAGCUCAAUGGUACAUCUGUAGAAACUGGUGGCAAGUCUUUUCAGCCACCUGAGAAAGGACAGGCGCUGGCGUGCCUUCUUGAUAAAUGCACCAAGGAGUGGCAAGGAGUGGAAUGUGACCACAAACACACCAGAUUCCUUCAGGCUAGUAGUGUGUCCUAGUGUUUACAGUCAUUUGUAACAAUGUUAAUUUUUAAAUGUCUUUUGUCUUUGUAAUUACAUUCUUUCUCUGUAAUUGGGUGGUGCAUUUCCUCAUUUCUCUCAUUUACUUCUAUUAAUGUAGUGAUUAUAAAUUACUAUUUUAAUGUUGACAUUUAACACCAUUCAGUUUGUACAAAUGUGUUGAACCAGAAGGGUGCAGAGUCAUGUUAUUAAUAGUCAGAUUGUAUGUUUCUGAUGGGCUACUCUGUUCUCUGGUGGUACUGUAUUCCACACAGGUCCAGCCACCACAGAGAUAGAAGGAAAAUACUUAUCAUAGAGGUUCAACUUUAAGUUUCCAUUCUAUUUCUCUGAAAUGUUGCCUUACUCUACAUAUGGAAUAGCAAGCCUCUAUGGAAACGGUGUAGUCAGAACAAUAAAUGCAGUUUUGAGUGUUGUCAUAUAUUUUCUGUUUAAUGAAUUGGUCUGAAUUUUAAUAUCUUAUCAAAAGUCCUUUAUUACACAGAUGUUUACUAAGUUUUUUCUGCUUUUGAAUGGAGGCAUAUUAUUUGAGCUACUACAGUUUGUUAAUAAGGUGUUGGUUUAUUUUUCAUUAAUUCAAAGGAUUGAUGAGGUUUUGUUUAUGCUUAUUGAUUAAUCCUUUUAUACAUGCUUUUAUCCAGAAAUAAUAGCUGGAUGUGUUUCUUUCCAAUUGACCAUUUAACUAAAAUGUGUCAAUGUGAUGUUGUUAUAACCUAAUAGUUACAUUUAGUCAUUUUGUAAUUGGUUGAUUAUUGUUAUGUCCAUUGUGGGGGAAAGAGGAUGUUUGAAAAUCUUGUCCUGUUAUGGGUUCAUUUCUCAAUAAAUAAUGACUAUAAAUA